GCAGGCCCGGCGCUGCGGCCCGCUCUGCCGCCCGGGGACAUGCCGGCGGGAUGGCCCGCUCCACCGACACCUUCCCGCUGCACCGCCUCGUCUGGCACAACCGGCACCAGGCGCUGGACAGCGCCCUGCGCUCCGGCCGGCACGACGUGGAGCUGAUGGACCCCCGUGGCCGGACCCCACUGGAGCUGGCUGUGUCCCUGGGCCACCUGGAGUCGGUGCGGGUGCUGCUGCAGCACAACGCCAACGUGGGCCGGGAGAAUGCCAAUGGCUGGACAGUGCUGCAGGAGGCGGUGAGCACAGGCGACCCCGAGAUGGUGCAGCUGGUGCUCCAGUACCGUGACUACCAGAGAGCAACGCAACGGCUUGCUGGCAUCCCCGAGCUGCUCAGCAAGCUGCGCCGGGCCUCUGACUUCUAUGUGGAGAUGAAGUGGGAGUUCACGAGCUGGGUGCCUCUGGUCUCUAAGGUGUGCCCCAGUGACGUGUACCGUGUGUGGAAGCGGGGCGAGAGCCUGCGGGUUGACACCACGCUGCUGGGCUUCGAGCACAUGACGUGGCAGCGGGGUCGGCGCAGCUACAUCUUCAAGGGAGAAGAUGAGGGGGCAGUGGUGAUGGAGGUGGACCAUGACAAGCAGGUGGUUUACACGGAGACACUGGCCCUGGCCUUGCACGAGCCCAACCUGCUGUUGGCAGCCAUGCAGCCCUCGGAAGAGCAUGUGGCUGGGCGGCUCACAUCGCCCAUCGUCUCCACACACCUUGACACCAGGAAUAUUGCCUUUGAGCGGAACAAGUCAGGCAUCUGGGGCUGGCGCUCGGAGAAGAUGGAGGUGAUCAGCGGCUAUGAGGCCAAGGUUUACAGUGCCAGCAAUGUGGAGCUAAUCACUAAGACAAGGACGGAGCAUCUCUCCGAUCAGGACAAGUCACGCAACAAAGGCUCCAAGACUCCCUUCCACUCCUUCCUGGGCAUUGCGCAGCAGCAUGGCAGCCACAAUGGGGCACCCGUGCUGCAGGCCAGCAGCCCCACCAACCCCACAGCCAUCACCCCUGAGGAGUAUUUCGACCCCCACUUCGACCUGGAGACCCGCAACAUCGGGCGCCCCAUUGAGAUGUCCAGCAAGGUGCAGAGGUUCAAGGCGACGCUGUGGCUGUGCGAGCAGCACCCGCUGUCGCUGGCGGAGCAGGUGACACCCAUCAUUGAUCUCAUGGCCAUCUCCAACGCCCACUUUGCCAAGCUGCGUGACUUCAUCACCCUCAAGCUGCCCCCUGGCUUCCCUAUCAAGAUCGAGAUCCCUCUCUUCCAUGUGCUCAACGCUCGCAUCACCUUCAGCAACCUGUGUGGGUGUGACCAGCCACUGGGCUCAGUGCGGGUGUGUGCCCCUGCCGAGCCCCCCAGCAGCCAGCCCCCCAGCCCCAGAGGCUGGCCCUUCCCGUGUGAAGUGGAGCCGGGGGUGUUCGAAGUGCCACAGGGCUACACAGUGCUGGGUGCAGGGCGCAGCGAGCCCCUGCGUGAUGAGGAUGACGACCUGCUCCAGUUUGCCAUCCAGCAGAGCCUCCUGGAUGCUGGCACUGAAACAGACCAGGUCACAAUCUGGGAGGCCCUGACCAACACCCGCCCAGGCACCAACCCACCCCACUACGAGGAGGACCUGCAGCUGGAGCGGAGCAGGAGGAGCGUGAGCGGCGCCGGCGUGAGGAGGACGAGGAGCUCCAGCGUAUCCUCCGCCUCUCGCUCACUGACAAGUAGGGCCAGGGCUCACGUGGGGACUCCCACGCUGGGCACAGCCUUGCACAGGCACAGACAACUCGGCUGGGCAUGGCCUCGGACAGGCACGGACACGACCAUGGGGCAUGGCCCUACAUGAGGAUGGACACCUCCGCUGGGCACAGCCUCACAUGAAGACAACCAGCCCCCCUGGGCAUGGCCUCACAUGGGGCCACCUUGACCUGAGCACGGCCUCGCACAGGGACAGACAGCCCCCCUGGGCAUGGCCUCGCACAGGGAUGCCCCCAUCUAGGCACAGUCCCCCACAAGGAUGUCCUGACUUGGGUAUAACCCUGCAUGGGCACCAUCUGCCAAAGGCCACCUGGUCCCAUGGACGCUCCUGAAGUGGGCACAGCCCCCACAUGGGGGGUUGAUCCAGGGAUCCUCCUACCCCUGGGACCCUCUGAUCCACAGAGCCCCUCAUGCUGGGCUGCAUGCCUCGGCCUAUGGACCCCUGAUCUGGGGACCACUCCCCCAGGACACCCCUAUUCCAGGCACUUCUCUCCCCUUUGGUGUUGCAUUUUACCCCUAUACGGGGCAGGAGAAGUCUAUCUAACGUCCCCCCCCCCCCACACACACACACAUUCAAAUGCACACAUUUGAACCUGGACCUUUGGGACCCCCAGGCCAUGUCUCUGGGUGGCAGCAGCAGGGUUGGGGGAGCUCUGUGUUUAUGUGUGCAUAUAUAUAUAUAUCUACAUAUAUGUUCGCAUAUAUGUAGAUAUAUAUCUGGGAGGGAGCAGAUUGUGCCUGGGCAUGCAAUGGGUGGGCAGAUGGCACCAGGAGGUGGAGCCUGGGGAAAGAGCCUGUAAAAGCGGGGAGAAGUUUAGAUGAAGGGGGCAGAGCCAGCAAACCAGUGGGUGGCCCUGGUGGGAUCUCAGGGGGUUUUCGUCUCCUCCGAACACCCCAGUGUGGCCCCAUACCCCCAUUCUCUCCCCUUCCCAGCUUUAUUUAUUUAAUUUAUAUCUCUUGGGGUGGCCUUGGCCCAGGAAGGGGGUGUUUAGCUGGCACUCCUUGCCACAGUGCCAUGGGGCUGGGUCAGGCCUCCGUGGGGCAGGGGGCCAGGCCCUCACUGUGGGGUUGGGAGUGCGGCAGGGCAGCAGAAUGACCCCACCAUGGGGAAGAGGACAGUGGGCAGCGUCAGAUGGAGCCCUCUGCCAGAGGGAAAGCAAAGAAAGAA